AUGCACUUGAAGUUUGCGUCCCCGGAAUUAACCUGGGUGAUGGAGGAUGAACAACAUGGCAGCCCGAAUCAUGUGCAAUGGUUGGCAUAUCUGAAAGAGCUGGGAAUGCUCUUCGGUUGUUGGAACCAUCCCGAGGUGUGGCACUCGUUCUGUGACAGCUACAGUGGGAUGCGCGACGUGCUGCUUCAGUUUGAUAAUUGGUACACUGCCAACCGGGGGCCCAGCGAUCUCGUUGGGGAGUGGAAGAAGUUCAACCAGCUCGAACUCAAGCGGAUUGUCGAGAAAGGGAAGGCAUCGGCGCAAUAUCUCAAGGAGAGUCGUAAGCCGGUGCCAGGCUUCUGGGGGUGGUGGUGGACGCUCAAAUGGCAGGGGGCUGUUUACCUAUUUCCCGGGGGGCUUUCUGUAUCAGUUUGGCACGACCAAGCUGGAUCAGACCUGCGUGAAUUUGCAGUAGCCAGUGACGGGUCCUGGACGGGUCAUUCAGUCAGCUCAUCUAGAUCUAGCAGCGAGACAUGUACAUCUGGGUGUCUCCCCCGCCGUACAUAG